AAAUAGUAAUUGUGGGAAAUGUGCCCUUCUUCAUGAUCAUUGCUUGUUCCUUAAACUAUAUAUUCAUCUUGCUCACGUCACAGUAUUGCACGUAGCGCAAUUUAUGAAGUAACUUUACUUCCGUUGAUAAAGUAGAAAAUGUUAAAUUUCAAUUAAUCUAUUCAGUAUUGCGUAAUUAAUUACACUACUGUUCUAGACACGAACGACAGAUAAAUAGCAUUAUUUUUCCACGAACGCCCUCUGAAGAGACAACAUUUAAUAUUUCGUAUACGCAACCGAUGGAAGAUGAAAAUUCAGAAAAAUUUUCUUUUUUGAUAGAUUUUAUAACGUGUUUAAACGACUUGAAGUGUACUUAAUUAUAGUAUUAAUAUAAAUAUAAUAAAACGUUAAAUCAUUUUUACAUAAGAAAUUUAUUAAAAUUCAUUUCCGGAUAUUAUCUCUCCGUAUAAUAUUAUUUCUAAUGACUUAAAAAUUUCCAAUUGAAAAUAUUUUCGUUUUAAAUAUAAACGGUGUAAAUAUAUAAACAAUACGUUAGUAAUGUAUACUCCGAUGUAUGAUCUCAGAGUGUAUAUAUGUGACUUCAAUUAGAUAUUUCAAUAAUUACAAUUUUAUAUACUAUAAACGUAGAAUUUAAAUUUUUAAAAGAUCAAGAAAUUUUAUCGUAAUUUUAGAUGUGUAUUCUUGGUUGAUUCGAAAUAAUUUAUAUAAUUUCUCAAUAUGUAUAAUUUUAUUCUUAUUCGAGCUUAUAGACAAGAAGAUGAACCAUUUUGCAAAGAAUUACUUAAAACUGGUGUAAUGGCUUCGCUAAAUGCAACAUUCAUUGGGUUUUUAUCUGAAGAAAUUGCUUUGAUAAUAGCAGUUUUAAUCUGUACAACUAUACUCAUAUUAAUAGGAAUUCCUAUUCUUUACUGUCUUAUGGUUAUGUCUAUCCCAGCAUUUGCAAUAUACAUUUUUUUAUAUACAACGUUUUUCUAUAAAGCUAGACAGAUUCAAAAAGAAGUAUCUGCAAUUCCAAGGAUUUACAUGUCAGAUAAUACUUCCCAUUUUUGGGUAGCAGAAGCAUAUGAAUUUUAUUUAUUGAAUCGUCGUCAACGAGAUGAACGGUGUACAUUCAUGACAGAAGAAGAAUUCAAGGAAUCUAAUAUCGAUGUAUCUAGACAUUUUAAAAAAAUAGUAGGUACUAUUGCAUUGUGUAAAAACAACAAAUUACAAGAUAGUGCUUGGAUAAAAAGAUUUUCUGUUCAUAAAGACUAUAGAAGAAAAAACAUAGGAAUUCAUCUCGUGAAUUUAGCUUUACAAUUUAGCAAUGAACACGGAUAUAAACGUACUAAUGUGAUUAUUUCAGAAUAUAGAGUAGGUGCUAUAAAAUUGUUUAUUAAGAAAGGUUUCGAAUUAUAUCUGUUACAUAAUAAAUCAUUAUUUACGUCAUUAAUGACAAUAGAAUUUCAUGAAUUAACAUAUCGAAUAAAGUAUUAUCGUGAUAAUGAAUUACUUCUUACGAAUCCACUUAAUGUACAAUCUAUUCCAAACAACUAAAUUGUCAAUCGCACUUAAAUAUUUAAAUUAAAUAUAUAAACAAUAUUUUUAUAUUUAUUUUUUAUAUUUUAUAACUUUUUGUAAAAUAUAUAAGAACAGAAACAUUAUAAAAAAAUCAUAAUUCUCUAUUUUACAUCUUUGUAUGUUACCAGUGUGUUUCAAUUUCUUCGUCUUCCCAA